GCGUCGGCCUGAGGAGAGCGGGACGGCCGCCGGUAGCGGCUGAGGUACGCCGUGGAGGUUGUUUUUCCGCGGGAGAAGCUCCGCUGUGGGAAGGGCUGUACCGGACGGCUGGUACCGGUGAGUGAAUUGUCCUUGCCUGGUGAGUCGCCCCUGCGCCGUCUCCGGGUAGCGGGCAGCGUACGGACCUCACCGAGAGCCAUGUCGGGCCUCGGCGAGGAGCGGAGGGGCGAAGCGGGGCUGGAAGGGAGCGUUUGCGGCGCCGUCGGCUCGGACAUGAUGGCAGCCCAUCAGGAGAAAAAAACUUCUGAAGAAAGAAAACACAAAAGCACCCAAAAUGAUACUCAAACAUCUCAAGUCCAGUGGGGAAGAGCAUGGGAGGUGGACUGGUUUUCCUUGGCAAGCAUCCUUUUCCUGCUCAUGUUUGCGCCACUUAUCGUAUAUUACUUUGUAAUGUCCUGUGACCAGUACCAGUGCUCUCUGAUUGACCCACUCAUUGACUUGCUCACGGGGAAUAAACAUCUGUCUGACAUCUGGAACAAGACUCCUACACUGACCUAUAGGGCUGCUGCCAUCUAUGCCCUUUGGGUCACUUUCCAGGUGUUUUUGUAUGUGUUCGUUCCUGACUUCUGCCAUAAAUUUCUUCCUGGAUAUGUAGGAGGUGUACAAGAAGGUGCUGUCACCCCUGCUGGUGUAGUGAAUAAGUAUGAAAUCAAUGGACUUCAGGCUUGGAUCAUUACACACGUGCUUUGGUUUGCAAAUGCCUAUUACUUCCACUGCUUCUCACCUACCAUCAUUUUUGACAACUGGAUUCCUCUCCUGUGGUGUGCCAAUAUCCUGGGAUAUGCAGUUUCCACAUUUGCAAUGAUUAAAGGCUACUUUUUCCCUACCAAUGCCAAAGACUGCAAAUUCACUGGGAACUUCUUUUAUGACUACAUGAUGGGGAUUGAAUUUAACCCUCGAAUAGGAAAAUGGUUUGAUUUCAAGCUAUUCUUCAAUGGGCGCCCUGGUAUUGUAGCCUGGACUCUAAUUAACCUUUCCUAUGCUGCUAAACAACAGGAGCUGUAUGGUCAAGUAACUAACUCCAUGAUCCUUGUCAAUGUCCUUCAGGGUAUUUAUGUUUUGGACUUCUUUUGGAAUGAAGCCUGGUAUUUGAAAACCAUUGAUAUCUGCCAUGAUCAUUUUGGAUGGUAUUUGGGCUGGGGAGACUGUGUUUGGUUGCCCUACCUCUAUACUUUGCAGGGUUUGUAUUUGGUUUACCACCCUGUCCAGCUGCGCACAGCUAAUGCCAUAGGGAUCUUGAUGUUGGGCUUGAUCGGUUAUUACAUCUUCAGAAUGACCAACCACCAGAAGGACCUCUUCCGUCGUACAAAUGGCAACUGCAAGAUAUGGGGGAAGAAACCAGAGUAUAUUGAGUGCUCCUACAUGUCUGUGGAUGGGACCAAGUACUACAGCAAACUGAUGACCUCAGGAUUCUGGGGGUGGGCACGCCAUUUUAACUAUACAGGAGAUUUGAUGGGCUCCCUGGCCUAUUGCCUGACUUGUGGGUUUGAACACAUCUUGCCUUAUUUCUACAUUGUUUAUAUGACUAUUCUGCUAACCCACCGUUGCAUUAGGGAUGAACACCGUUGUUUCAGCAAAUAUGGGAAGGACUGGAAGCGUUACACUGCUGCAGUGCCUUACCGGCUCAUACCAGGAAUAUUUUAAGGCUAACACAGAAUCCAUGGGAAAGAAAAAAAGAAACCUUUUUUGGAGGUGAAGAGAGUUUAUCCACGUAGUUAAACUUACAAAAAUAUUUUGUGAAGGACGCUCAUAUGGUUCUGAAGGAGAAAAGGUGGCUGGACGAUAAUCCUUGCUGUACUGAAGGAACAUGCAGUCAGACUCUAUUAAAGUAAAUGAAAUGAGGCACUGAAAUGGCCUGUUUUUUUAGAAGACUGUCUUACCUGGAACUUCCCCCCCCGCUCCCUCAAAAUUAACUUGGAAUUGAAGAAAAGUUGCAUGUAUUGAGGCUCCUGAAAUCUCCCAAAGCUGGGAGGAAGCCUUACCCUUCAGAGUAGCAGGGUUCUGGAACCAGUUUCUAGUGACUUAGGAGAGGAGGAAAAUAAUUGUGUGAUCUCUUUAUGAAAGAAAUUGUAUGAUGUGGUUGCUUGUGACAGUCAUAACCUACAGUCAGUAACUCCCCAGAGGACGUUUUAUUGUUUGUUGCUUUUCAAGAGAUUAACCGGGGAAAUACUGAACUGGGGAAUCUCAUCCUAAUCUGGUGUGUGGGAAGAUUUUUAUAAUCUAAUAGAAAUAUUUGUGAAAGCUGGUAUAAACUGGUAUAGCUCAAAAGUUACGCUAGUUGACCGCACCUGAGAAUAUGGUGCAUGACCAACUGGGUAUCAUUUUGAUACUGAAACCAAACUUGCUUUGUGAAGAUACUGGGCAUACAUUCACUUCUUUAGUGUGGAUAGAAAACUUGGUUCUUUAUCACUUGUACAAGAUCUUAUUUGUAAAAAUUUAAGAAAUAAAUGCUUGGUUCCAAGACAAGUAAAAAAUA